CGUUGGAGCUGGUCAGUUCCGUGUUUACACACCCCAGGGAGGAAAAGACACAGGGAACGCGGGACGGGGAUCUGGGAAAGGGGAUAUAGGGAGAAAGAAGGCUUGAACACAGCUCGGGGAAUUAGUGCUUCUUAAUGUAAAGUGUAGCUCAGAGUACAGUUAUAGCAUAGGUUGUUCUAUAACAUUUGAAAGUCCCUGGCUCAGGCAGCUGGGUGAUGCUGCUGGUGCUGUGAGGUCCCAUUCUCACACAAGAGUCCUGGAAGCAGCUGAUCCUUCUCGCAGCAUCUCUCUAUUUUGUUGGAUAAGCUCCUGUCUACCUACUUAUAUCCCACGACUACCUUCUGUUUCUACCCUUCGCCCCCAGAGGGAUGUUUUCCCGAAGAAGUCAUGGAGACCUCAAGAAAUCUACACAGAAAGUUCUGGACCCAAAGAAGGAUGUCCCUACACGUUUAAAGCACCUGCGGGCUUUGCUCGAUAUUCAGGAGUGGAGUGAACUGAAGCAAUUUUUUGAAGCGCACUAUUCUCAAAUUUAUUUUAUCUUCUAUGAAAAUUUCAUUACACUGGAAAGUAGCUUAAAGCUAAAAGGGAAUAAAUCACAAAGGGAGGAGCUGGACUCUAUCCUAUUUCUUUUUGAAAAAAUUCUACAACUACUACCUGAAAGGAUUUACUACCGCUGGCAGUACCACAGUAUAGGAUCUGUUUUAAAGAAACUUUUACACACUGGAAACUCUCUAAAGAUACGAUGUGAAGGAAUAAGACUAUUUUUACUCUGGCUACAAGCACUUCAGACUAACUGUGGAGAGGAACAAGCGAUGAUAUUUGCAUGUCUUGUGCCCGGCUUUCCUGCAGUUAUGUCAUCACGGGGUCCGUGCACAUUGGAUACACUCAUUAAUCCCACUUUUAAUUUACCUGAUGGUAAAGUUUAUCCUGAGGAGAUCACUCCUCUUUUACCAGUGUCUGGUGAAAAACUUCCUGAAGAUCAGAGCUGCUUUUUCUUGCAAGUUUUAUUAAAAUAUAUGGUACUUCAGGCUGCAAGUUUAUCUUGGAGAAAUAAGGAAAACCAGGACACAGGAUUCAAAUUUCUAUUUAAUCUAUUUAGAAAGUAUUAUCUACAUCAUUUAUUCCCAUCAUUUACUAAGCUAACCAACCUUUAUAAACCUGUACUUGAUAUUCCUGAUGUCAGACCAAAGCCAGUAUAUGUUACUGUAAGCCGUAACAAUGAAAAUCAUUAUAGCACAAAAAUUCCACACUUGGCAGCUAGAGUUGUUUUUAUUAAGUGGCUUGUCAUGUUCUUUCUGGAAAAGAAAUAUGUAGCAUCUUCUCAAAGCACUAAAAAUGGAGUAGAGGGGUUUCCCAAACUUAUUCAGGCUGUCUCUGUGGUAAAUGUCAACCUAGAAAAAAACCCAGAGUCAGAGUCUAGCGGAGUGGCGGAGCAGGAAAAGAACCACUCCAACAGCAGCACUUUAUCCGACAGGAGGCUCAGCAACUCCAGCCUCUGCAGUAUAGAGGAGGAGCAGAAGACAGUCUACGACAUGGUGCAGAGAAUUCUGCUGUCCACGCGGGGCUAUGUCAAUUUUAUUAAUGAAGUUUUCAGACAGGCAUUUUUGCUGCCUGCCUGUGAUGUUUCUGUCGCUAAGAAGGUUGUAAAGGUGUACAGAAAAUGGAUCUUGCAAGAAAAGCCGGUGUUUAUGGAGGAGUCUUUAACGCCCUCAGUUGACCAGGAGAAUGUACAGAUUUUUGAUCCACCUGUAACAGAGAUAGAUAGUAAACAGAUAUCGUCUGAACCAUCGGGUCACAAACGCUCAUCAAGUUGGGGUAGGACCUAUUCCUUCACUAGUGCAGUAAGCCGGGGCUGUGUGUGUGAAGACGAGAAUAUGGACGUGAAAGCUGGAGAUCAAGCAACAUUACAGGUGUUUUUAACCAACUCUGCAAAUGUUUUCCUCUUGGAGCCUUCUGAAGUCCCGUUGCUCUUAGAAGAACAGGUUGAAGCUUGCAAAGCUGUUUUAAGUAUUUACAGGCGGAUGAUAAUGGAUCUUGUGAUGGAUAAAAAAACAUGGGAGCAAAUGCUUCAGAUUUUGCUCAGAAUAACUGAAGCUGUUGUACAGAAACCAAAGGAGAAUCCAAAGAAGGACUUGUUUUCUCAGAAUUUAGCAGGUUUACUGUUUCGGACUUUAAUUGUUGCGUGGAUCAGAGCCAAUCUAAGUGUCUACAUCUCCCGACCUCUCUGGGAUGAUCUAUUGAGUGUCCUCUCUUCACUUACGGAUUGGGAUGAACUCACUACUGAGUGGUCUAAAAUCAUGGAUUCUCUUACUGGGGUGUUAGCAAGAACUGUUUAUGGAGUAGACAUGAACAAUUUACCCCUAGACAAACUCAGUGAGCAAAAGGAGAAGAAACAGAGAGGAAAAGGUGGCUUUCCUGAUCCUCAGAAGAGCGCUGCUGUUGGGAGGUCAUUUUCUCUUAGUUGGAGAAAUCAUCCAGAAGCUCAUGAACCCAUGAGAUUCCGGAGCGCUACCACAUCAGGAGCUCCUGGAGUAGAGAAAGCAAGAAACAUAGUCCGUCAAAAAGCUACAGCUAAGCGAAGUCAGUCUAUAAGCAACUGUGUGCACCUUUAUGAGGGUUUGCCAGCAGCUAAAAGUGUUCCUCACCUCCUUCACACUGUGAGCUCUCUCUUACCUGGUAUCUCUCACACUUCUUGCUCUCAAAGACUUUCAGAAGUUGAUGAGAUGCAGACUCAGGAAGGUGUUGGGGGAUCUGAGCCGGUUAGUGGAGCUGGUGACCAGGAGCCACAGCAGCUAACACGUAGUAGCAGCACUUCUGAAAUAGCUGAGCAUGUUAAUUGUGAGUUGGCACAAGGUCAGAAAAAUGAUAACAGUGAAUGUUCUACAGACUCAAAAUCCACUCAGGAGUCCAUAGGGACAGUUAAGAGAGACAGUGAUGGUCCUCUGAUACUGAUAAGACGGAGCAGCAGUCCUGCAGAAUUAGAAUGGCACACAGAUUCCCAACAAACAAAUGGAGGAGGCACAGAUCAUGAAAAAGUUGAAAGUGUAAGCAAUGAAAUGCCUAAUGGAUACAGCCGAGAUGCCGAUAUUUAUCUAAUGCCUUGUCAGAAUUGCGAGGAAGACCCUGAAAUUAAUACACCAACAGAUUUGGCCAUUGAGCAUGAUGCAAGGCAUUGGCUACAGCUGAGUCCAUCUGAUGCUACUCCUCUCACAGACAGCAGUGAGUGCCUUGCCGGAGACUGCAGCAUAAUUGCUGGCGGCAACCUCAGUGGUUGGCAUGCAGAUUCUGCAGCUGUUUUGUGGAGGAGAAUCCUGGGAAUUCUUGGCGAUUUGAACAACAUCCAGUCCACCAAAAUUCAUGCCAAGGUUUUUGGCUAUCUCUACGAACUGUGGUUCAAGCUAGCAAAGAUCAGAGAUAAUCUGUCAAUCAGCCUAGAUAACCAGUCUUCUCCUCCCCCUCCCAAUUUGAUUCCACCUCUCAGGAUGUUUGCAUCGUGGUUAUUUAAGGCCACAACUUUACCCAAUGAGUACAAGGAGGGCAAGCUGCAAGCAUAUAAGCUGAUAUGUGGUAUGAUGACCAGACGUCAGGAUGUCCUUCCAAAUUCAGACGUCCUAGUGCACUUCUAUCUUGUAAUGCACAGCGGCCUAAUGAGUGAGGAUCAGGAUAUUUUGAAUACAAUCAUACGGCACUGCUCAUCGAGUUUCUUCUUUCUGGGGUUACCUGGCUUUACGAUGCUCAUUGGGGACUUUAUCACAGCUGCAGCCAGAGUACUGAGCACAGACAUGUUGAAGGCUCCACGUCUAGAGGCACAAAUAAUUCUAGGGUCCCUUGUUUGUUUCCCAAAUAUUUAUAAGGAGAUCCCAUUACUUGAAUCAUCUUCAGGAGCAAAUGACAUCAUCACAGACCACAAAGACAUUAAGAGCCUAUUAAUUAACAUUCUACUGAAAAACGCAAGAGAUGAGCCCAGUGAAGCUGCCAGGUGUAUAGCAAUAUGUUGUCUUGGAGUCUGGAUUUGUGAAGAACUUGUAGAGAACACAAAUCAUCCACAGAUUAAAGAUGCCAUUAAUGUCAUAGGAGUAACCUUGAAGUUUCCAAACAAAACAGUUGCUCAGGUGGCCUGUGAUGUCCUUAAACUUCUAGUGUCGUACUGGAAGGAACUUCAGAGCACAGAUUUACCUCUCUCCAGGAAGAUCACAGAAAUACUGGUAGCUACUAUUUCAUUUCUUUUGCCAAGUGCAGAAAAUUCCUCAGUGGAGAUGGAUAAAAAGUUUAUUGUGUCACUUUUACUGUGCCUGCUGGACUGGUGCAUGGCCCUUCCGUUGCAGACCUUAUUGGAGCCAAUAUCUACAUCUGCCCUUGAAGAGCCCCAUUCUCCAAAAGCCUCCCUCCUUAAUUAUAUAUACAGGGUGUUACACAGCUGUGUGUGUGGAUCCAAUACAUACACUCAACAAAGUCAGUACAUACUAAGUCUGGCAGACUUGUCAUCUAUGGACUACGAUCCAUUUCUGCCACUUGGGAGUGUGAACUCAGAACCACAGCAGUUUGUGUCCUCUGCUGACUUGGCCAAUCUUCUCACAGUUGCAGAAGAGAAGAAAAGAAGGAAUUUGGAGCUAAUACCUUUAACUGCUCGUAUGGUGAUGACCCAGCUUGUUAACCAUUUGGGCCACUUUCCUCUAAGCGGGGGCCCAGCCAUUUUGCACAGCCUAAUUAAUGAGAACCAAGAUAACCCUAAUGUGGAGGCAUCUGAACUUUCUAAUGACGUUUUCAGAAGCCCCAACUUGCAGCUAUUUGUAUUCAAUGAUAGUGCUCUUAUAUCUUAUCUGCAAAUCCCAGCAGAAAAUAAUGUCAACAGAGAUCCCUCAGGAGUACCGGGUGAUGUUCGAAUAAUUGUUCGAGAUAUCUCAGGGAAGUAUUCUUGGGAUGGUGGUAUCAUGUAUGGACCUUUAGAAGGCCACUCAGUAGCUAAAAAGGAAAGAAAAGCCCAAAAAGAACAUUGUGGUCCUAAAGAACCACAUCUUUUAUCAAAGGAUGUGAUUGAAGGGGAAGAAGAGGAUGCACUUGAUACUCUUUUGGAAAGACUUGGUAAUUUAAGUCCAGAGUGCCUACUUCACACAGACCGGAAGCUGAAUGAACCUGUCUUGCCUCCUUUUGGUAUGAGCCGUAAUCAAGAGGAGGAAAUGAUUGACGCAAUUACGAGACAAAGUGAACACGAGGCAGAUCACAUACAAAGGUGUAAUUCCGACCUGAAUGUGAAAGUUGCAUGCCAGGAGGAGCCUAGUAUUGCAGAGCCACAGGCACCAUUUUAUUUUUGUAGGCUUCUUUUGAAUGACUUGGGGAUGAACUCCUGGGAGCGAAGGAAAAAUUUCCAUUUGCUGAAGAAAAAUUCUAAGUUGUUGAGAGAAUUGAAGAAUCUAGAUUCACGACAGUGUCGUGAAACGCACAAAAUUGCAGUAUUUUACAUUGCAGAAGGACAAGAGGACAAGUGCUCGAUCCUCUCCAACAGUGGAGGAAGCAAAGCAUAUGAAGAUUUUGUAGCAGGCCUUGGGUGGGAGGUUGACCUUUCUACUCACUGUGGGUUUAUGGGUGGCCUUCAAAGAAAUGGAAGUACAGGACAAACUGCCCCAUAUUAUGCUACCUCUACAGUUGAAGUGAUUUUUCAUGUAUCUACAAGAAUGCUCUCUGAUACCGAUGAUUCCCUAACCAAAAAGCUCCGUCACUUGGGAAAUGACGAAGUCCACAUAGUAUGGUCUGAACACACGAGGAACUAUAGAAGGGGAAUAAUACCAACAGACUUUGGAGAUGUUUUAAUUAUUAUUUACCCCAUGAAGAAUCAUAUGUUUUUUAUAGAAAUUAUGAAGAAACCAGAGGUGCCAUUUUUUGGUCCACUUUUUGAUGGAGCAAUUCUAACGGAGAAACUUUUGCCAAGUCUUGUUUGUGCAACCUGCAUAAAUGCCAGCAGAGCUGUAAAGUCUCUCAUACCCCUCUACCAGAGCUUUUAUGAGGAAAGAGCUCUGUAUCUUGAAGCAAUAAUCCAGAAUCACAGGGAAGUGAUGACAUUUGAAGACUUUGCAGCUCAAGUCUUUUCGCCAUCUCCCAUCUACUCUGUUGGAGGACUUGGUCUCCCUGCUAGUACCAGUGCAGAUCUGAGUGGAACCACAGCACCAGAGACUGCGGAUCCAACAUCUCCAACACUAACCCGUGCCUCGCGCAGCAAGGUCUCUGGGAAACUCCGUCGCUCUGCCAGUGCUGUCAGCAAAUCUUCCAAUUGAAGCACUUUUUAUGUUGAACUUUAUUGAAGAGAAUUUUUAAAAGAAAAAAAAAUUGCACCUAUGAAUAGAACUUUUAUUAAGGACGAGGUGUGCAAUCAUUUAGUUUGUCUAGAUGGGGCGGGACCCCUUGGGCAGGUUAUAAGUAAGCCAUCCACUAGACACUAUGACUUAAUGCAACUUUUGAAGUAACAUUGAAGGUGGGAUGGGAACUGUCCCUACAGCUUACUGAUGCAACAACACCAAAGGAGAUGGGACACUAUGUCAAUCACACGCUGAGCAAUGCUUGGCAGGAUGUCUUAACAGGAUUGUGGCACUGUUUUCUGCCACUACAUAUAUGGCAGCACUGUUAUCUGCAUAAUUCAGCCAAGCAAGGCACUAUAAUUAUGUUGUUUUUCCCUUAUCUGCUCAACAAAAAUCUUGUUUUUUUCUCAUUAUUUGUUUUGAUAAUUUUACCAGACUAAAAAGGUCACAGGUCUUACAAAGAUAGAAAACUGCUAAUCAUCAUAGCAUUGUUUUGGCACCGAUUGUAUUUUCUACUUUUGCAAACAAUACAUCAGUUUAUAACGUCACGUAAGCAUUAUUUUCGGCCGCUUACUAUUUUUGAGUACAUUUUUGCAGCACAUUUAUUCCCACUUCUGUUUGUGCCUCGUGCACAUUAAGCAUAUUGCAAGUGUCUAUGACUACUACAUUCCUGAUCAUUUGCUGUCGUUGUCUUUAUUUUGCAUGCAUCAAGCACAUAACUGUACAGACGUCUUUUAAAUGUUUUAUUUGAGAUACAUAGUUGUUCGAUGAAUGGAACCGUUCUGGUAGAGGCUGUUGUGUUUUAAUUUUCAUGUUAAAUGCCUUUAUUAUUGUUGUCAUUCAAUUCACUGUUUUCCAGCGUAUGCCCUUGUUUGUUUGUUUCUUCCUGGGUUAUUUACCUCCUAUAGUAAACAUUUUAAUGUGAUUAUUACGUGGUUCCAUUUGUGCAUCUGAAGUGGAGAUUUCUUUAAAUGCAGCUACUCGCACCUUUGGACAUUUAUUUGUAUAUUUUGUUUGUUUCAUUUUGUUUUGGGGACUUUGUUGCACUCAGUGAUUUUUUUGCAUCCCUUUAAGAGCUACAAGAAUCAGUUAUUUUAUGUAAAUAGUGACUUUUUUGAUUAUACAGAGUAACCUUAUUUUGUCUGGUUAUUUUUUUCUUCUCUGUGAACUUUGUUUAUGUGAACGCCUGUAGAUUGAUUCUCAGGUUAUCUCUCACCUGCUUCCAGUCACAAACUGGAAAUCAUUACACAAAAUACUGCUCCUCAGGCUAAAUCUACAGAUGUCUGCACAAUAAGUAAACAUGCUACUGUUUAAAUUCUCGGCUGUCAAAAAUACCCUUCCAGGGCAAGGCAGAUUGUCCUACUCUCAUGCCUUGCAGUGUGACUGCAAAUUAGAGACAUAAUUGUAUCAUUUGCAUAUUGGAGAUAGCAUUGUAGUUGUUUUAAUGAUUGUUUUGUAGCAGGAAAUUGUUCAUGUUCCACAGCCAAUAAAGAGUGAUUGAUCAUUCACUGGAAGUAGCAUCUCAGAUUACGUUUUCCUUAAAAUAACAGUUACCAUUCUUGAAAUAGUGACAGUCAUGGAAAACGGACACUAAAGUGAAUUACUUGGAUUGUUGAAACACAAUGGGCAACUAUAAAAAUGAUAUGUUUUCCCCUUAAUGAGUUCAUGUGGUAAUGUGUUUGGAUUUGCUUUGUUCUAUUAACCUUCUGGCUACAAGAGAGGGUUGCUGUGCACUGUGUAGCACUUUGUUGUAGUACUUGGUGUUAGACAAUUUAUUAAUGUAAAGAGAUUUUCAAUUUGUGCUACGUUUGUCCUUAUUAAACCGAAAUAGCGCACUACACUUAAGCAGACGUGAAUUUUGUGAAAUUUAUAAACAAGCCGAGUUGUUCAGAAAUAUUGUAUGCAGCAUAUCUAAAGUUAGCAUUUAGAAAAGCCGUAGUAAGCAGAGUAGUACUCAACUGAGAGAAAAAAUUGUAAAUGACUGGAAUCUUAGAGGGAUAGAAAGGUUGAAAAUGAAAUGUGAAUGGGUGCAUUUCAAUGUGAAAUACAAGCAAAACUGCUUCUUGUAAAAGUUAUUACAGGUUUUGUUUUGUUUUUUUUUGCGGCAUAUGCACAUAUCCUGUGAGGGCCCAUGCACCAGUAAUCAAACACCACACCUUCUCCGCGUGUCAUAGCUUGUAUGACACAAAUCACAUCUUCACAGAAGCAAUAACAUCAUCUUCUACUCUCUGAGCUUGAAUACUUUUGCACAGGCCCUCACAGGAUAUGUGCGUAUACCACUGAAUAACCAUAAUAACUUUUACUAGAAGCAUUUUUGCUAAUGGAAUAUGUUACAAAAAUGCUUCUAUUUCAAAUUUAAAUGCACCUAUACACAUUUCGACUUUUCUAUCCGUUUAACAAACAACACAAUGGAGUAACAAUGGAUAAGAUAAACAGUACAUCAUUUGCACUAAACGUGGUUCCUUUUUUAAGGCUAUCCAAGAACGCCCUUAUGUCAGCCAAAAAGGUUAAAGUAAGGUUGAACAAAGAUUAAUGUUCCAUCUCAGCUACUGUAUUUAUUUACAAUUUAGCACUUAGUAAUAUCUGUACCUUAGUAAUACCAGUGAAUGCGUCUGUGACUCAUUUGUUUUAUUUGGAUGAUCCACAUUAGAAGAGAUCAUUGUUUCCAUUCAGUCCCACCAAGCUUUCCCUACCUCCAGUAAUGUGAAAUGUAACGAGAAGACAAGACUAAUUAAUACACAUUGUGUGUAGUAAGUAGACUGUUUUAUUACAUCAGAUUUUGGUAUAUCCUAUUCCUGUGAAUUAUGUUAUUACAAUAUCCUUGGCACAGGGUUGUCGGCAUCUGUCCUUUUGGUUGGCCAUUCCCCCCCCCGAUAUGCCUUUUUCUUGAUUGGGAAACAUUUUUUUUCAACUUGAAUAAUCCAUUUAUUGAUGGUCAAUUAUAGUGAAGUCUGUGGAUGCUGUACAUAGCACUGUUAUAUCUGUAGAUUACAAAUCAUGUUCUUUCUAAUGAGGGUAUUAAACUGCACUCUUAAAAAUUCUCUAUUGGUGCGUUAAUUGUAUUAUAAUAAUUAUAAAUCAAAACCAAUGCUUGAAAUGCCCAUCCUUAGUGCUGACAUAUCAAAUGUUUUGGGGUUUGUUUGUUUUUUGUUUGUUUUUUAUUCAAAUUCUGGGAAAAAAAUGUUUUUCUUCAAAUUCUAAAAUGAAUUUAAUUAAAAGUGUUUAAAAGUUAA